AUGCAAAUUGGACGUAUCACACCUCCGUAUCCGUACGCGCCAUAUGGUCCGUACCCUCCACCACCUCCAGAAGCCACUACACCAAGCUCCGAGUCCAAUGCCGCGGAAACAAUCGUACCACCGCGGCCAAAGAGGCUUGACUGGACAGCUGCGGAAGAGGAAAAACUGGUGCAUGUUUGGAUUUUUAACUCCAAGGACUCUGUCGCCGGUAAUUGCAAGACCGACACGAGUUUUUGGGGUCAGAUAGCUGAAACCUUCAACUCUACCUCCGAGCCUGCCUGUCGUCGGACCUCCAAGCAACUGAAGGAUCAUUGGAACGCCUACAACAAGGAGGUGUCCCUGUUCAAUGGAUACUACAUCCAAGAAUCAGGGUUACGUCAGAGUGGAGCAGACGAUGAUAUGGUCAUGAAGGCGGCAAUGGAGAGGUACGCCGCAGACAAAAGAGUGACUCACCCGUUCAGAAGGCACCACUGGUGGGAAGUUGUUCGCAAUGAAGCGAAGUGGAAAGGACAACAUGGUCCUAGUAGUGGAACCGAUUCCACAUAG